AUGACUGCUCAAUCUGGGUCGACGACAACCACCGCUACAAUAACGACCGCCUCAUCAUCCUCUCCUGCAAUGUUACCCACUCCCCCUUCUAAAUCAGAUGCAAAACCCAUCAAAUUAAGAGCAGCCUGUAACCACUGUUUCUCAGCCAAGGUACGAUGUGACGGGAACAAGCAAGGUUGCCGCAGAUGCUCCGAGAAGAAGCUAUCUUGCGUCUACAGCGAAUCUCGAGUGGGCAAGGUAGUGGGGAAGCGCAGAAAGCGACCGAUUGAUGACUCGAUCGGUAACAUCAAUUCCCAAAAUUGGAUCGUCAACGGAACUGUCCCCCUUCAGUCAAUCCCUUCGCCGGCCACCACUCACGGUUCCGACGAAUCGACCAAGAGACACGGCAACACACCCAGUUGGACUUCAUUCAUUGCCGCUCCUGAUCAAGGGUUUCUCCCGUUUGACGACACGGCCGACUCUUUGAAUGCCAUUGACACGGCCGAUAACCGAAGUUUCUCAGUGACCAGCGAUCUCGCCCUCUUCAACAACAGUGGUCUGCCCACCCCCGCCCUUAGUCCACCACAAUUUACCCGAUAUCUAUCCCCGGCCCAACUAGAGACUCGACCGACGUCAAGUCAGGCAUCAGGUCGCAUCGACCCGUCCCGGUUACAUCCCCCAACCUCCCAGGUACCCCGUACCAGGCAGGUGGAUGCGACACCGGAAGACGAAGAGACGGUUUGCCUCAAACUGUUAGCCCAUCUGAAAAAGCACGCGGCAGAUGAAUUACAGCCACGAGAAGCACAACUCGAGCUGUUGAAGAAAUGUAACGCCGCCGUGCGGAGAGUCUUGUGCAGCAAAACCAUUCGAAGUGACUACGCCUGUCAUUUGCUUCUCUCCAAUAUCAUCCAUCACCUGGUACGGCUGUGUGAGCGGCUUUGCCAGGGGAAACAGGACGAACCCAGGAACAUAGAUUCGCAAUUUCUUCAGGACCAGGUUCAUUUUGAAGCUGUGCCUGGAUUCUUCGACACCGCAGCCCCGCAGCCCCUCUCCCAAACGGAGCAAGAAUCAAUACUGAGCCUGAUCGAGGAAGUCAUGGCGUCUGCCUCGGUGGUGGGGGAUAUGCUCAAAAGAAAGCCUCUGCAGGGGUUUCAAAAUCUCGGACGACACGAAACAUUCCACCUCGAACUUGAGCAGAGAUUGAAGAAGGCAAGGGUCUCGCUGCAGUCAUGGAAUUUUAAUGCUUGUAAUGGAAGACGGUCGAGUAUAUGCUGCACAGUGGAAUAG